GUAAAAGAGAAAAAGAAGGAUCGAAAUAUUUGUCGAGAGGAGGGGAAGAUGGCGACGGAGAAGCGCCACCGCCGGCACUCGCCGCCGGCCGCCACGCCCGGCGCCUCGCCCACGUCCUCCUCGAAUCCGGACUCCGCCGUAUUGCGCUCGCCUUCCCCUCCGCCGGACGUCCUCCCAGACAUCGCCUCCCGCCUGACCUCCCUCGAGGACUUCUUCGCCCUGCGCGCCUCCUGCCGCGCCUACCGCGCCCUCCUCCCGCCGUCCCGUGAGGUCCUCGCCUCCCAGUCCCCGCUCCUCCUAGUCGCGCUCUUCCCCUCCUUCUCCGAGGCGCUCUUCCACCUCUCGCUCCGCCGCCUCCACCGCUUCCGCCUCCCUUGGGGCCACCACCUGCCCCCCUCCCGCCACACCCUCCUCUACGCGCACGGCUACCUCGUCACGGCCACCACCGCGUCAUGCCCUCCGAGGCUCCUGCUCCUCCACCUCUUCUCCGGGGUGCAGAUCCGCCUCCCUAAGAUCCCGGCGCCGUUCACCCGCGUCAUCCUCUCCGAGGACCUCGCCGUGGUCCUCUUUCUGCCUGGCAGGCCAACCGUCCAGCACUGCCGCCUGGGGGACGCACUCUGGUGCGUGGUCCGCGCCGAUGCGCCGGACGUGGUCGACGACAUGCUCUUCGUCGAUGGCACCCUCUACGCCUUGGUUGGCCUACGACUUGCCAUAGUCGAGCUGUCUGAAAAUUCGCUGGAGCUGUCGUAUCUUGGAGGGGACUUGGAUGACUAUAGCUGGCCGGCGGCAGGGCUGUUCAGGCUUGGACUCGGAGAGUGCGGGGGCGAUGUGUUGCUGCUCAUCAGUGAGGAUCAUGAGGAUAUGAUGGUUUACCGGGUUUUUCGGUGGGUGUCCGAGGAGGGAAAGUGGGCUUCAGUCACGAGUUUGGGCGGGAGGACACUGUUUCUUGGUUACGAUGGAUUUGCAUCCUGCCUUGGUCCUAAUUACCCAGGAAUUCGAGGGGAUUGCUUAUAUGCAGCUGGGUUGCGUUUGGGUGAGUGGCACGAGUACUCAUUGGCUGAUGGAACUUGCGAUGUUCGAUACGCCGAGUAUCCAGGUGCACCACCGCUGAAUAAUAGUUCACCUGCCAGGCCACCAGUUUGGGUCUUCCCCAGCUUGUGUUGAUGCUGUCUGCGGAUUCUUUACGAGCAUGUAGAACAUCUGAUGCCGACUUGGAAUAAAUCAUGGAAAGGGUAGCAGAAGUUGGAAGUGUAACCAUAUCACUCCAAGGUUCCACCAUACUUUCAUUGAAGGGAAAAGCAGAAGAUUUUUAUCUCAGUAUCCGAUAUUCAUUGCAUAAACCUAUUUGCUCAAUCAUCUAUAUGAGCAUCUGGCUGCACAUGAGGACCGUUUGUUUACUUCAGGCUUUCCAUCUAUGUUUCUUAGACAGUCCUGACUAAACAAAUGUGAUCGCCACACUGAACUUGACAGAAAAUUAUUAGUAUAUUGGACUUGCACCUGUUUUUUUUUCCUCACUUCACGUAUGUUAGAAUGUCCAGUUUCCAGUUCAUGAAAAAGAGGUUUCAGACCAAAACGGUGAAGGCUCUAAUUGAAGAUAUAGUUUAUCGAUAGAUCAAAGAUCAUAUGCCGUUAAAGAAACAUGGAAGCACUAUUUUAAUCAGGAAGGCCAGGGUAAAAGUUUACACAAUAUUCUGAUAGUGUGUGGUUAAAAAUCUUUCCCAUUUUUUUCUGCACAAGAGAGGUGCUUGCAUAUUUGAUUUUACAUUCCUCAUUUGUUGAAAUUUUAAGAAUUGGGAAAUUUGCGUAAUUGCAUGCUGCAAUUGAUAAUGAGAGAAGUCAGUACUGCAGAGGAGACUCAUCACCUUGUUGACUUAUAGGCGUGAAUAAUUCUGCAACUAUUCUGUAGUUGCUGCAGUUGUUUAGAUUUCCUGUCUUUUUGCUUGGAAUGUCCUGACCUCCGCAUAGACGACGAGCAUGGUAUUAUCUGGCUUUGUGUUGGAUGUAGUACACAGAAACUGAAAUUCAGUGCACUUCAUCUCUGUUUCCUUGCCAUGUAAAGCAAGUUUUGAGAAUUUUCAUCUCUUGCCAUCCUUGGAUCGAUUUACGCAUUUGGAGCCUGCAGAAAAUACACAAAUCAGCGUAAUUUUGGUUGCAAAGCUGCUAAACCUUUACAAGUCAUGUGCAUCCCACAAGCUGAACCCUUGCUCGAAUCAUUGACUUCCAGGCGUUUGAUCUUAGCAUGCUGGGGAUACAGACGGGUCGAUGAAUGCCAACCCCGCUAAUGUCGCACUGUAUUUUCUGAAUCUCAUGGGUUGAUUACAUUUUGUUCAGAAACUUCAGAUGCGCAACUGAUUUCUUUUUCUUUUGGCUACAAGAAGUUGAUCAUCUUGUGUAGGGCAACUUACUGUACUAUGUCAUUCUUCUUGUCGAGUGUAUUAAUCUUGUUAAGCUGAGCUCUGAAGGUUAUAUGUGUGAUGUGUCCGAUUAUUUUCAUCCUUGCACAGACUAUGCGUCUGCCUUGAGAGCUUCUGUUUGCUUGCUGGCUUGCUGUCUUCCUGGCGCAUCAUCCGUUGGCCUGUGGGGUCCACGUGCAGCGAGUCAAACUCCACUAGCCGCCAGCCCCGAGCUCCCCCACCGUCCUCUUCCAAUCCAAAACCAUCCAAGCAAGCGGCCGCUGCUAGCACACAAGCACGCUCGCAGUUUGGCGGCUGGCGGCAAUGCAACGCGCCGCGCUCCUCCGCCCGCUUGUCGGGUCCCCUCUCCUCCCCGCGGGUCCCCUUGCCGCGGCCGCGCGGCGCCGCUGCCGCUUCCGUGGAGGCGUUCGCGUGAGGUCCGCAACCGGGGAGGGCGGGAGCGGGCCCGGUGGUGGAGGUGGGGGCGGAGUCGGCGAGGGAGACGUCGCCGCAGCUUCGUGGCUGAGCUCGGCGGUGGGGGAGAAGGUGGACGAGCUGCUGCGGCGCGAGGAGAACCGGGCCCUGCUCGAGGGCGUCGAGGAUGCCGAGCGCCGCGUGGAGCGCGCCCGCGCCGCGCUCGCAGACAUCGAGCGCCAGGAGGCCGAAGCGCGCUUGGCCCGCGAGGAGGUCCGCCGCCUCGAGAAGUGGCGCGACGAGAUUGCAGAGUCCCAGAGGGAAUUGCUUCAAGCAAGACAAAUGAUUGAUGAAGCUCAGCGUUCUUUGACUUCUAGUCUUGAGGAAGGAAGCUUUGGAGAUGUGCCAAAUGGUGAUAUUGAUGAGGAUAGCGAGAGACUAGAAUCUGUGAAAGCUGCUGCAGUUUCCUCUAUAGUUGGUGUUCUGGCUAGUUUGCCCAUAUCUUUCUAUGAAGUUCAAGAUCUGCCACAACUAUUUCUUCAGUCAUCAGUUGUUUUCAUAAGUUGUGCUUUGUUUGGAGUCACAUUCCGGUAUGCUGUUAGAAGAGAUCUGGAUAAUAUCCAACUAAAAACAGGGGCUCCUGCUGCAUUUGCUUUUGUUAGAGGUCUUGCUCUGCUGGAAUCUGGUAGAACCAUCGAGCUGAGUACCGAUAGCUUAAUAUCAGUUGCUCUUGAUGGUGCAGUUAGUGUGGUUGAGAACAUUUUCAUAUUUCUGUCUGCUGCUGUUGCACUGGACUAUUGUUUUAAGAUGAGAUUUUUUAGUCCUUUCCCUAGAAGUAAACAAUAGCUUCUGUGAAGAAUAUGUACGAUUGAUUACAAUAUUGAUUGCUCCGAUGGUCAUAUGUAAUACAAAUGACAUCAUAGAUUUAUUAAGCAAAUAUUUCCUUAGUGCACUCAAAGUUUCAUCAAGUCUAUCAAAUAAUAUUUUUACUUAAUCUUCUUCCUAAUAUCUUAUGCAACAUAGGAGUAACUCACUAACUCAUAACUUUCUCGUCAACGUGAAUUUCGCUUACUUCUUGAGUGUCCUGCUCUUUAUAAUGACUGACAUAGAUGACAUAUGCUGGAAUGCCUCUUUAUAAUACCUGCUUCACAUGGGGUUCGAUCGUAGUUUUAGAUGAAAUUCUGUAUAUCCUGGUUUGUCCUUCAUCCAGCCCUCAUCCUGGUGUAAAACAGAAUUCCUACUGUCUCUAUAUUCUGAUGUGGUCAUGUAGAAUAAGCAUUGCAUGAUAUCUAUGUUCAGUAUAUGUUUUGUCUGCCAGCUUCAUUAAUUAACGCUUGCUGUAAUGUGCUUGUCUAUUAGUAUUUUUCCAUUCGUCUCACAGAUCACAAUUGCUUCAAAGCAACUUUCUGCUGAAAUGUAUUGUAACCUGAUAAAGUAUUUUUCUGGUCUUCCAUAAAGUGCUAUAUCAUUGCAUCACACAGGUCCUCGGACAGUCAGCAUUGGCAGUACGCACCUAGGGUGCUUAUUCUUCAACCAUCAAUGCUGAUGUUCUUGCUGGCUUCGUGAAGAAGACACACAGGUGUCAUCUCCAUGCUUAAUACUAUUGGUGGGAUGGUGCAGAAAAGGCGCCCCAUGAAGCAAAACCUAAAAAAAGUGUAAUUUCUUGAUAGAGUUGAUGCUGCAGUGCAUCUAUUUGGAAUGCUGGAAUCCAAGGAGCAUAGCACGCCGAAAAUGGUGGGGAGACUCAGCAUAUGUGCUGAAUUAUAUUUUUCAGAUGGUUUGAAGCGAUCUCCAGCAUGUUUUCCUAACAGGAAGAGAGUUGUUUGCUUGGUUGUAUACUUGUAUGCCCCAUUUACUGGGAAUUCUCAGAAGCUGGAUUGGAUGCUGUAGACAUGGAUGUCGGUAAUUGAGAGAGACCAAUAUAAUCUGACAGGAGAUGGUCAUGACUACCUAAAUUUUUUUCCCGCGCACCUAUAUAUUAGGCGAUAUAUUCCAUUUUGUGGAUGCUGCUUUAUGAUGUUGCAGAUGUUUUCCAAUGUUGUAGAUAUUGCUCUUUGAUGAUGUAACUUCAUGUUAAUGUUGCAGACGAUGCUUUCAAUUCAAAUGUUGGAUUCCACUGA